GGAGAUGACAGCCUUUCUGUGAUAACCUGUGAGUCAGAUACAGAAACGAAAUUAAAGAAGAAAGUUUUUCACAUGCCUCCAAAGUCACCAAAGUCUCCAUACAGCUCUAGCACGCAACUGUAUCCUAAAAAAGGUGCAGUUUGGCGACCUCAGCAGGGAACAGGCAGUGCAUAUCUCGAGACCCCAGCUGUAAAAAACUCAAGGCAGAUGUGUCUGGGAUCAUUGAAACAAGGAAUGAGCUAUCCUCUGAAAUCAGAUGUUGACGUGGAGCAUAUGCGAACUAACAUUUCUAGUAACACUCCAGAAUAUUUGAAGGAAGCUCUAGGAAUGAAGAAGCCAAAACAUUCUCGUUCUUCUAGUAAUGGCUACAUUUCUGGAACUCCUGACUACAAAGAAAAAGAAGAUAUGUAUGAUGAAAUUAUAGAACUGAAAAAGACAAUACACGCUCAGAAAAAUGAGGGAGAUCGGAUGAAAACUAAGCUUCGUCGACUAGAAGAAGAGAACAAUAGAAAGAAUAAACAGAUUGAACAACUGUUGGAUCCUUUCAGGGGCUCAGAGCUGGCACAAGCUUUGUCAAAAAAGACGACUAAUAAUGGAUGGGCGGUUAGUGGAUUAAAGCAGAAGAUUCUCAAGCUAGAACAACAGUGCAAGGAGAAAGACAACACCAUUAACAAAUUGCAGGCAGACAUGAAGACCGGUAAUUUGGAAGAAAUGAGGAUAGCUAUGGAAACCUACUAUGAAGAGGUUCAUCGUCUCCAACUCCUCCUGGCAAAAUCUGAGACUAUGAGGAAAAAUACAGAGGGCAGAGAUACCCAAAACCGACUCAAGGCGCUGAAUGCUGCUGUCCUGAGAUUAUCCAGGAACAUCAAGGAAUUGCAGAAUGAGAAUCGGAAUUUGAAAGAACAUCUAGAUCAUGUACUCGGCAGUUCUUCUCCUUCCAAUAAAACAAAAAAUUAUAGUGAGUGGAGCAGGCAGAGGCUGGUGAGGCGGAUUUCGGAACUAGAAAAGAAAGUAUGUGCCAUGGAGAACACCAGGGUGUCAUCAGUAGAUGGUGAGUCGUCACAGUUACUUGCUGUGUCACCUUCGCCUUCUGCAGGCCUGGAUCAUCCAGCCUCUCAACAGGUAGACCAUGUUGCGGAAUGUCAUCGCCUCCAAGGGCUAGUGAAGAAGCUGAAGAGUGAUAGGAAGGCACUUCAAAAUCUCCUACUCAAUCAAGAGUUAGCUAUUAAGCAGUUGCUGCAGGCUAAGGCUGAAGUGGAGCUGGAGCUACAGAAGUGGCAGAAUAAGUUGGAAGAAAAGAGUACGGAAGAGCAGACUUUAAGUGAGGAAAUCCAGGGCCUGACACAGAGAGUAGGGAAAUUGGAGUCAGAAUUGGAGGAAGAGAAGAGGCAAAAGGCAGAAGAUACAAUAGAAAAGCUUAAUAAGUCUUCACCAGUCUGUACGGUUAAAAGCAAAGAAAAUCACAGGAAGGAGCAAGCAGCCAAAAUCAUCCAGAGACAGUGGAAGAGGUACCGAACCAAGAAAAAAGAAAUUGCUCUGGAUGAGGCAGUUGUUAUGCUUCAGGCAGCUUUCAGAGGACAUUUAGCUCGACAGAAACUGUUACUGAAUAACAGGAUGCAUGAUGCAAAAUCUCAGAACAAGGUAAUUGUUGGGCAGAAGAACUCCUGCAAGUCUUCCGUGUCAAACAGCUUGAGCUUGUCUUCUGACUGGAAGGGGAAAGAUGAGAAUGUGACAUUCAUCCAGUCUGUUUUCAGGGCUCACUUAGCACGUACAGUGCUGCUGGAGGAGAGGCCCUCUGUGUCCAGUGCACCAAGUGAGAAAGCAGAUUCUGCAGUUUACGUGACAGAGAAGAAACCGGUCUCGGCAGCACUCCAGACACCUCCUUCAGUCUUCGUGUCGUCUCUUCCUGGUAAUGUCAUUUCCCUCUCCAGGUCCUCUGAGCAGCAAUCACAGCCCGCUCCCUCUCUGCCCACGGAUGAAGCUCACUCGGACGAUUCGGAUGAUAGUGUCAUUGUCUCCCCGUUGUUGCAGAUGAAGAAAAACUACACCCACUUUUAA